GGUAUCGGUGUCGUAUAGAAGGACGCACGUUAUUAUUUUGUUUCAAUAAAAACUAUAAUUGUAGCGAAUGUAACUUUGAAACAGAUUUGUUACUUACGUUUUAUUCUAAUAAAGGCAAUUGUUUUAUGUAAAUGUAGAGAUUAAAUUACUCAAGUAGUUGCGUUCCGAAAGACGCUUUCAAGUGGUCUCAUCUCACAUUAAGUGCUCAAUUAUGUUGACGUGCCCGAUCGAGGCUGUGGAGUGAAAGUUCUUGAUGAAACUUUUCCUUCUGGUGCAGAGAAAAUAUGUGUGAAGUAAGACGAAUAAGGUAGUGGUUUAUAACAUCCUAAAUGGAAAACGUUGGCUUCCAACCGAGCGGGGAGGAUAUUGAGAGAGCGCUGAUGGAUCUCGGGCCCCUGCUCGGAGUCACCAUCAAAGAGGAAGUGUCCGAGGAGCUGCACGAAGCACCCGCAGGACCCGCGCCCGUGCCCGCACCUAAUCUUAAUGUGGGCAGUGGUAGCGCUGGAGAGGGCGGCGAGCCAGAUGGGGAGGGCAAAGCGGAGGGCGAGGGCGCGGACUCGCUGGCGUCGCCGCGCGCUGGUGGGGCGGCGCGCUGUGUACUGUGCCGCACACCGCUUGCACACGCCGAUGGCACCCCCAAGCUUAUGGAGUGUCUGCACUCUGCCUGUGAGCCCUGUAUCAAAGCUAAGCUUGAUGAGAAGCUCUCUACCAAUCGUGACUUCCUAGGGGCGGCGCGUGUGACGAUCACGUGCCCCGCGUGCCGGCUGCAGUGCCAGCCCGCCAACAUGAUCGACCAACGCUUCGUGCUCGAGAAGAUGGCGCUCGAGCAAGCCGGCGCAGGUGCGGGGGGUGCGGGCGGCGGCGCGGGCGAGCAGCAGUGCAACAGCUGCGAGGAUCCAGAGCCCGCCACCAGCUACUGCGUCGACUGCGCAGAGUUCAUCUGCGACAGCUGCGUCAGCGCGCACCAGAGGCUGAAGAUAACCAAGGACCACACGAUCAAGUCGAAGGAGGAGGCGGUGGCGGAGCUGCAGGCGGCGCAGGCCAGCGCGCGCUCCGCACAGGACAUGUUCUGCCGCGACCACCCCCAGGAGCGGCUGAGCCUCUUCUGCGAGACGUGCGACCGGCUGACCUGCCGCGACUGUCAGCUGCAGCACCACCGCGACCACAAGUACCAGUUCAGCACCGAGAUGGCUGCGCAGGCGCGCGCAGGCAUCGCGGCGCUGCUGUCCGAGGUGAGCUACAAGCGCGUGCUGCUGGGCUCCGCCAUGAAGGUGAUCCGCGACCGGCAGCAUCUCAUCGCCGAUAAGAAGAAGGCGCUCGUGCACGAGAUCACGCAGACCGUCGUCAAGCUGACGAACGCGAUCAACACGCGCGGCAAGCAGCUGGUGCUGCGCCUCAACGAGGUGUGCGACGCCAAGCAGCGCACCCUCGCCGAGAAGAAGGACGCGCUCGAGCAGCUCGCCGCCAUCACCGACCACUGCGUCGACUUCGUCAACGCCGCGCUGCAGCAGGGCAGCGACACGGCCGUGCUGUACACCAAGCGCGCGGUGUGCGCGCAUCUGCAGCGCAUCAAGUCGCGCCGCGCUGACAUACCCAACCCAGAGAUACCCGUGCGCAUCAGCCUCGCCCUCGACAAGCUGCCCGACCUCGUGCGCGUGCUUUCGACUAUCGGCGCCAUCGUGGUGGACGGCAAGGUGGACGGCGGCGCGCAGGGACCCUACCACCCGCCGGCCGCCACCCCGCCCGCCGCGCCGCCCCACGCCCCGCACGCGCCCCACGCCCCGCACGCGCCCCACGCGCCCCACGCCCCGCACCCGCAGCACGCCCAGCUGCAGCAGCAGUCCGCCGUCGUCGCGCUGCAGCAGGUCGCCAUGCACCAGACGCUGGCGCGCUACCAGUCGUACGUGCAAGCGGCGGGCGGGGUGGCCGCAGUGGGUGGAGUGGGUGGAGUGGGUGGAGUGGGCGUGAGCAACGCGCUGGCCCCGCUGGGACGAGCGCGCGCACACACGCCGCUGCGACAUCCGCACGUCACCUCCACCACGCACCCGCACCAUCUGCACGGUAUGAACGAGAUGAACCUGCGCGGGCUGCUCAACUCGGGCGGGCAGCGGCGCGGCCUGGCGCUGCCGGCGGCGCAGGCACAAGCCGCGCAGGCCCAGGCGCAGGCGGCGCAGGCGCAGGCUCACGCGCUACACGCCUACCAGCACAUGAUGGGCGCGUACGGCGGUCGGCGCAGUGGCGGGCCGCGCACGCCCUCGCCCGCACCACACUACACGUCGCACCACGGGCCGCAGCACACGCCCAUGCUGGCCAAGUGGCACAUCCCGCAGCACCAGCUGGCCAACGGUGGGUUCGAAGGCGGGACGUCGUCUGGUGCGGGCGCAGGCGGGGGAGGCGGCGCCGAGUACAAGAUCACCCUGAGCAGGCAGCCGCAGCGCGCCCCGCACGCCGCACCCCCCACCCCCGUCGUCACCUCCACCAACCCCAAAACGCCCAGCCCCAGCCUCAACGGCGGCGUCUCCUCGGAACUGGACAAGGUGUGCGCGGAGUCGGUGCAGGACCUGAUGGCCACCAUCGCCAAGCUGGACUCUAACGGCGUGCAAGUGGUGGCGGAGGGGGCGUCGCCUUCGCCCUCGCCCGCGCAGCAUGUGCACUCCUCCACCGACGGCGAGAUGCACCACGCUCUCACUCCGCAAGCGUCGGUGUUAGGUAAGUCGUCAUGUGCGAGCGCAGUCGGAGGCGCGGCGGGCGGCGGCGACCCCAACGAGGACUGGUGCGCCGUGUGCAUGGACGGCGGCGAGCUGAUGUGCUGCGACAAGUGCCCUAAGGUCUUCCACCAGUACUGCCACAUACCCACCAUCGAGAAGUUGCCCGAUGAGUCGGAGACGUGGCAGUGCCUGCUGUGCGUGAACUUCGCGGAGCUGCCGCCGGAGAGCGAGGUGGAGGCGGAGGCGAGCGCGGGCGAGCUGACCGGCCGCCAGCGCCAGCUCGUCGAGCGCCUCACGCUCGAGCUCUACUGCCAGUACGAGCUCAGUCUGCCCUUCCGCGAGCCCGUGCCCGCCCACAACCUGCACUACCACACCAAGGUGGCGCGGCCGAUGUGUCUCGACAUGAUCCGCAUGAAGCUGCAGCCGCGCAGCGAGGCGCGCUACACGCACGCCGCGCAGUUCGUCGCCGACUGCCGGCUGCUCUUCCGCAACGCAUACCACUACUACACGCCGGAGUCGCAGAUGUACAAGGACGCCAAGAGGCUGGAGGAGUUCUUCGACGCGCAGCUGGUGAAGUGGUUGCCGGAGUACGCGUACUGGAGCGGCGAGGGCGAGCCCCCCGCCAAGCGCGCCCGCCUCGACUGACGCCACGCCCACCUGUGUCACAUGCCCCCGCCCGCCGCCCCCCCCUCCCUCUACUUGCCGCACUGACAGGGGCGGGCAUCACACAUUCGUAACGUGACCUUUUAAAUAUUAAUAUAUAGUUCUCAUUCUUCCUAUAUAAUGUGAAAAAGUUCCUUUCUGUUGGUACAGGUGAGGUGUACAUCAAAUAAAUGAUUCAUUGAUUAUUUACAUAUAAUGACUCGUGUCUACUCUACUCCGUGUGAGUAUUGACGUUGAGGUAUUAUUACGAUAUAUCAUCACAAGUGAAUAACAUCUCAUUUCUGUAGAUAGAUGUAUGUAUAGAUUGAGUAGUGUUGCCUCGCCGCUCGUCGUGGAUGUCAGCAAUGUCUGCAUCGCGUAGCUUCAACUUAAACUCAUGAUAUUGUUAUUAAUGUGUAUCAAAUAAAUAUUUAAAUAAAUCACCAAAUUGUUGGUGAAAAAAUUAUUUAAACAUAUAUUUUCUCAAUUAUUCAGAGAAAUAUGUAGCGCCUUGUUGUAAUAAUUUUGCGUGGGUAAAAUAAUUUGAAGCCAUGUUUAAAAUAUUUGUUGAAUAUUAAUGGAUGUUUUUAAGCGUUAUAAAAAUAAAAGCACAAAAGUGAAAUGUAGGUAAUGAUAUAUUUUUGUACGCAAACUGGAUACAUGUCACUGGUUGACAGGACAUUUAUUAUACUGCCAACUGUUUGUAUGUUUAUUAUUAUUAUUAUUAGCAAGAAAAUAUGUUAUAAAUGUUAAGAAUUGCAUAGGUAAUAAAUAGAAUAUGCGUUGCCAAAUGAUCUCGCUUAGAGUGAAGAACAGUCGGAUAAACAACAUUGCAGAUAGCAUUAUUAUAGGUUCAAUGCACGCAAAGUGAUCCGCGCUGACUAUGUGUUUACACGACAAAUAACAAAUUACUUUAUACAAACCUUGGCUUUCUGAGACCAAAAUCCUCGUUUAAAACAUACUGAUGUCAGUUUUAUCAAAGAUAAUGACAGGGAUGACGAUAGUUUUAUACAGGUUUUGGUCUCAGAGAAUAACGGUAAGUCUAUCGCAAGUCUAUUACUCCUGUGACAUGACUGCGAUCAUCAAAGGUAAAAAUUUAUAUAUGGGAUGUUAAUAUGUUAUUCUUAUAUAAAAAAAGAUGUGAAUAUGACAAGAAAGGUUUUCAAUUAGUUUUUUUUCUUUAUGCAAGAUAGCAUAUUUUCUCAGAAGAGGAUGAGAUGUAAUAAAUGUGGCCAAUAUCGUUACACAUAUCAAAUGUGUUAUGUUGCUCUGCGCGGUGAACGUGUUAUGUGGUCUGAUAACACAGUGGCGCCACUCUGACACUCUUUACUUAGUCUCCUAGCUAAUAUUACUAUACUGUAAUAGAAAUAAAUAUCACUUAUUGGA